AUGUCUUUUACAACAUCGUCCUCUGUUACUCUUCCCGUAGGUGAAGAUGUCGAACUGGAACAGACAAGUAUGACGAGCAACGAGUGCAGCUCCGAAUCCAGCCUGACACCUCCUACGAGAGCCUUACUCUUGAGCCGCAAUUCGUCUUCUCGCACUCUUGUGGUACCCGACGAAUCUGCCGACCCGAGCCACCAGACCUGCUCGACCACCGCCAGCUCUACCGACGGUGACGACGACGACGAAGAUGACGAAGAUGCAAUCACAGUCCCAUCAAAGAAGGGCACCCGAGCUUACCGCUAUCUCCGUUGGAACUUUGGCUCCGUCUACAGACGCAUCUUCACAGUCGCCUUCCUCGGCAACAUCGCGGCCCUCAUCUUUGUCGUCAUCCGGUCCCUCAUCGGGGGCCCUUCCUCCCGCCUCACCCCCGAAACCUGUGCCACCGCCGUCUCGGCCAAUAUUCUCGCCGCACUCUUCAUCCGCAACGAGCACACUGUCAACGCAAUGUUCAAGGUCUUCGUUCUCCUUCCGGCCAAGACUCCCCUCGCCGUCCGCCGUGCCUUCGCAAAGAUUUACUCGUACGGCGGCAUUCAUAGCGGCUGCGGCGUCGCCUCCUUCUUCUGGUUCGUGGCCUUCCUCGUGGUCCUCACCGGUGACUUUGAGAACCCCAACGCCAUUCGCGCCUACAUCCUCCUUGACAGCUAUCUCAUCUGCACCCUUCUCGCUGCCAUCAUCGGCUUCGCCCACCCGAGGGCCCGCGUCCUCCUGCACAACUGGUUCGAGGGCACCCACCGCUUCCUGGGCUGGUCCGUUAUCCUCCUCUUCUGGGCUCUCGUCAUGAUGCUUGCCGAGGACAGCAGCAGCACCGCAGGAAUCCCUUACGCCGCUUCACUCGUCAUGACCCCAUCCUUCUGGAUGCUUAUCGUCAUCACCCUCCUGGUCGCCUACCCCUGGACGCGCCUGCGUCUCCGCGAUGUCGAAGCCGAAGCCAUGUCCAGCCACGUAGUCAAGCUUAACUUCAACUACGCCGAUGUCCACUACGGCCAAGCCGUCCGCCUCACCGACGCACCCCUCCGUGAAACCCACGCCUUUGCCGUGAUCCCCAACCCCGCGGCCCCCUCGACCGCCGACGACGCCGAGAAGGCCCAGCAAGGACUCUCAAACGCCGGCGAGAAGGGCUUUUCUGUGCUGGUCUCCAACGCCGGCGACUGGACCGACAAGAUCAUCAAGAACCCGCCCAAGAAGAUUUGGACCCGUGGCGUCCCGCAGUAUGGCGUGCUGCGCGUGGCCGGCCUCUUCGAACCCUGCAUUGUCAUCGCCACCGGUUCCGGCAUCGGCCCUUGCCUGAGUCUCUUCGUGCAGAGGCCGGACCACCCGGUGCGCAUCAUCUGGUCGACGCAGCGGCCCGUCGAGACGUACGGCCAGGCCGUCAUCGACACCCUCUACAAGGCCGACCCCAACGCCGUGAUCAUCGACACCAAGAAGACGGGCCGGCCUGACCUGGUCGCCAUCACCUACCGCAUCUGGGAGACCAGCCGCCGCCAGGCCCUGGGGCUCGCGCAGAAUGAGGGCGUCGCCACGACGAAAAGGAUGGGUCCUUGCGAGGCGGUCGUCAUCAUUUCCAACCAAAAAGUGACAAGGAAGGUCGUCUACGGCCUCGAGAGCAGGGGCAUUCCUGCCUACGGUGCCAUCUUCGACUCGUAG